AAGUUGGGAACGAGAAGAAAGAGACGCCUGGUUGCCUGGUUGCCUGGUUGGUAGGUUGCAACUUGCUCGCUCUUGCUCGUUGGUGUCUUGUUUAAAGGUUCUAGUACCCACGAAGGCCUGCGUGACUGACCUUCAGUUCGACGGUGACCGUGUGAGAGUGGACGCGUCUGUUAUUGGAACCUAAGAAAGCCCACCGAGUUGUCGACAACAUGUUGGGCUUGUUCAAGCAACUCCAGGAUUUUCUUAAGUUCGACCAGGUCUGGAUCGACAAUAACAUCUUCAGACUCCAUUACAAGGGCACGGUCAUCGUGUUCGUCUUGGCCAGUUUAUUGGUCACAUCCAGGCAGUACAUUGGUGAUCCCAUUGAUUGCAUGGUCGAUGGCAUCCCCGGGGGUAUCAUGGACACCUAUUGUUGGAUCCAUUCCACAUUCUCGAUUCCAACGAGAUGGAAGAUUGAGCAGGGUAAAGACGCACCUCAUCCGGGCGUGGCCCCCCUGGCCGACAUGGAAGAAGGAGAGGAGGUGAAGCAUCACGCCUAUUAUCAGUGGGUGUGCUUCUUUCUCUUCUUUGAAGCCAUUCUUUUCUACGUCCCUCGCUACUUGUGGAAAACCUCUGAAGGUGGCAAAAUCAAAAUGCUGGUUCAAGAUCUGAUGGAACCCAUAAUCAACGAGGAUAGCAAGCAAUCUCAAAUCGACACCAUUGUCAAGUAUUUCCGUGAAACCCGAGGCACCCACGCUCUGUAUGCCUUUCGCUACUUCGCCUGCGAGGUCCUGAACUUUGUCAACAUCAUCCUUCAGAUCUACUUCAUCGACUUCUUCUUGGGUUUCGAGUUCAGCACCUACGGAUUGGACGUCUUGAGCUUCUCCGAGAUGGAGCCCGAAAGCCGCGGCGACCCCAUGCACAUCGUCUUCCCCAAGGUGACUAAGUGUACCUUCAACAAAUAUGGUCCCUCGGGAACGAUAGAGCCUAAAGACGGCCUCUGCGUUUUGCCUCUCAACAUCAUCAACGAGAAAAUGUUCAUCUUCAUCUGGUUCUGGUUGGUCAUUGUGGCCAUUGUCACUGGUAUCUUCUUGCUCUAUCGUAUCGCAGUUCUCCUUGGUCCCCAAAUCAGAGUGGCUCUCAUCACGGUCAAGGGAAGCAAAUCCACCAAGCGCUCGGAUGUGGAAGCCAUUUUGGACCCUGCCUCUCUCUCCUUUGCUGAGAAGUUGGGAGACUGGUUGGUGCUCUACUUUGUGUGCAAGAACCUCGAUGCCCUCGCCGUCAAUGAUCUCAUCCGUCAUAUUCAUAAGAGUGAAGCUGGAGACAAUUCUAAUACGGAGACUCUCAAAAUGAAGCCCCAAUCCUCGCAGGUGUAGGACCCGCCAAAGAAACCUCAAUUGCAGUUACGUCCAUCGCCACCUUACCAAACGUGGAUUUCUCUCUUGAUGAGCUCCAUUUGAAACCCACCCAUCAAGGAGACCAGCUUGAUCUUGGAAAAAAACAGCAAUCUGUAUGUCUUCGUAAGGAAGCUCCACAACUACUAAGAAACCAAGAGAUUCAAUCUGAGAUAUUUUGAGAACAAAUUUUAGAUUACUGAUGCCUUUUUGUAUCCAAUAUUUUUUCACCCAUAUACAUCUUUUUUGUACUACAAAAAGAUCUGAGAUACUUUUGAGAACAAUUUUUGAUAUCAUAUUUCAUACCAUGUCCUAACCAUUCUAGUUUUAAGAACUUAAUCCAGUAAGUUAAUAAACCAAACUGAUAAACUGAUCAAA